AUGCUACACCCUAUUAAAACAUACAUCUAUCUAUCUAUCUAUCUAUCUAUCUAUCUAUAUGAUGAUUUUCUCUUUCUUUUUUUCCUGUUUCCACUCCUUUCUCUUCUUUUCAUUCUUUUUCUUUCUUUCGUUUUUUUUUUCUUUAUUUUAUAUUCUUCAAUUCAUUUUUUCUUUUUCUUUCUUUCUUUCUUUCUUUCUUUCUUUCUUUCUUUCUUAUUCUUUUACCAUCUUUUAAUUUUAAUUAAAGUGAUUUUCUCUUUCUUUUUUCCUGUCCUUUCCACUUCGCUGUCUUCUUUCUUUCUUUCUUUCUUUCUUUCUUUCUUUCUUUCUUUCUUUCUUUCGUUCUUUUUUCUUUCUUUUAUAUUCAUCAAUUCAUUCUUUCUUUCAUUCUUUCAUUUUUUUCUUUCUUUUUUCUUUUUUCUUUCUUUCUUAUUCUUUUACCAUCUUUUAAUUUUAAUUAAAGUGAUUUUUCUUUUCUUUUUUUCCUGUCCUUUCACUUCGCUUUGUUUUCUUUCUUUCUUUCUUUUCUUUCUUUCUUUCGUUCUUUUUUCUUUCUUUUAUAUUCAUCAAUUCAUUCUUUCUUUCAUUCUUUCAUUUUUUCUUUCUUUCUUUUUUUCUUUCUUUCUUUCUUAUUCUUUUACCAUCUUUUAA